ACCGUAUUUGUAAGGUUUUACCAAUUUUAAACAUGAUUAAAUACAAAAAACCGCAAGAAAUCACAACAACAAAUAAAUCCGUAUCAAUAAAAAACUUUGACGUUUUACAGAUUGCUGGGUUUGAUUGCCAAAUAAAAAUCUUAAUGUUAGUUCCGUUUUUCACCAUGCCCAUUCUCUUUCCGCACAGACUUAAUUAUACCAUAUGAAUAAUACGAGAACAUAAAUAAAUAUAGCACACAUAAAUUCUCCUUUUUCAAAUGAUCGCAGACAGAAAACUAUUUCGACAUGCUCUUUGAUUUCAACUGGAUAUUGAUUGUCAUAUAAUGUCAUCUGAUUAUUAUUGUCAUAAUAAUUUAUUGUGUUUAUCUUAAAUAUAAAAAAAAAUAUUUCUGCAAAAUAUAGUAAAUUAGCUAACUUGGCGAACUUCCUACCGCCCAAAAGUAAUAAUUUGCAAUAAAAUAAUAUUAAGACUAUAAAUUGAGAUUUAUACCUGAACAAAUGGCUACUCAACAACCACAGCCACGUAGGAAGCGCUUCGUUCCAAAAUAUGAAGUAGAUGGCGUAUAUAAAGUUUUAUUAGGAGAGGAAACACAAUUACAAAUAGAAAUGGUAAUCGGUAUGCACGUUAAUGCCCAAUAUCCGUGGAAGUCUGUCAGCAAGGCAAAAAUUAUGGAAAGCAUAGAGGUUGGUGGAGAACUUUCUGAAUUUUAUCCCAUCAAAGAACAUAUUGAAGCUUAUACUGAAGAAAUGAUGCUAUUAGGAUACAUUGUAGAUGAAUCAAAAGAUACAGAUGAAUUUUAUAUAUGUUGUACUAUUGAAGCCCGAGACCAUUGCAAACAGCAGUCUGAGAGAUUUAUAAGAAGGCAAGAAAAGAAGUUAGAAAAGGCAGUACAGAAAAAACCGAGACCGUGGAAAAGUUUAGGGAGCGAUAAGGAAAUAAUAGAACUGAAACCAUUUAAUACAAGACCUUUGAUGGAAAUGGAAAUAAGAGCAAAAUUUCCAACAGAGUAUCAGCCAAAAAAGUUUCAAGUCAGAGAUUCGAAUUCUGUACGCGACGGUUAUAUAGAAUUGACACCUUUUAGACAGAAAUUUAAUAAUGUAUACCGCAGACGAGUUGACUGUGCAUCUCAAAUUGCUCCUCCAAUGAUAAAUACAGAAGCACAAACUGUGUUAAGAUAUCCUCAAAAUAAAUGGACUCAAUCGAUUGCUGAUGCUAUGGGUAAGAUGGAUGACUUAGAAGGCGGAGGAGAUGGAGCCGCACAGAUGGGUGCUGAUGAAAGAGUAGAAGAAAGUUCAGAUGAGGAGGAAGCCGAAAAAGAAAAAGUUGAUGAAGUGGGUCUGCAAGCUUACCGUGCUGCGUUACGGCGAAUGCGACGGCCAUCAUACAUUAAAAUGAUAAAUGGGUUUAUGUCAUCAAAGUCUGAAGAAGUGCGCUCUAUUAUUGAACUAAAUACCGUAAUGGAUAUGUAUUGCAAUGAUUACCCGAAUUUAAUCGCAGAAAAAUUUGUAGAUAUUUAUGAUACGAUGGCAUUUGACGAAUAUGUUUGUUUUACAGAUGUAAGAGCUAAAGAAAAGUACGUGGCUUGUGCCGCCUUUCACCCUAUGUGGUCUGGUAUUGUAGCUAUAUGUUAUUCAGACGGCUCUCCCACAGUUAUGAGAACCCUGGGAACUAGGCCUGACCCAAUACAAAGAGCUGUAUAUGGCUUGAAUCCUGUAAUGAUUUGGAGUCACAUAGAUAGUUUAUUACCAAAAUUGUACUUGGAAUCGCCCCGUGAGGUCAAAACCUUGUCUUUUUGUCCAUUUAAUGAAAAUAUUUUAGUUGGCGGCUGUAUAAAUGGUCAAAUAGUUAUUUGGGACUUGACCAAUAAGCUGGAAAACGUAGAAAAGGUGGAAGUACUUAGCGAGACCAGAGAAAGAUAUAGAAUAGCUAUGAAUGCUCAUAUGGAUUGGAUGAAAAUUGUCCAAGAUAAGGCUGUUGUACAAGCUACAGUUUUAAGUAAUUUAAUGACUAGUCAUUACGGACCAGUGACUGCUAUUAAAUGGUUUCCUCCAAAUUUUAUUGUUUCACCGACUGGAACAGUUACAGUUAUGCCAAAAGAUAAGCAAUCUUUAAUGUUUUUUUCUGGUUCUGAAGAUGGUAACAUUUUGAUAUGGAAUUUGUCUGUAGACAGUGUAACAUUGUUUGAGGGUAAGAAAGUAAAAAAAUCAAAGAGGAUUGCAAGAAGACCGUCAGGGCUGACAGUCGACGUUUCACCAUUAAAAAUAUUGGAUAGAAAUUUACAACCAUGUUACAAAAUAAUUUUAGGAAUAGCUGGAAAACCGGAAACUUUAUGUUUGCAAUCAUUUGCAAUGAUAUCUCCUAUUCUGAAUUACAUUUACACACCCAAAAAUACUGGUAUGGGAAGAAAGUAUUUUAAAUGUGAAGUAGUUUCUCAAUCCGAAAGUGAUAUUUCCAUGGUUUUAUAUUGUGGUUCACAACAUGGGGAAUUAAGAAGAAUUACUUGGGAAGGGCAUCAAUUCAACACAGGGGAAGUUGUCAACUCUGAAUAUUGUGACAUAAAAUUUCGUUGUUAUAUACAUGAUGGAAUUAUAACUUCAACACAGAGAAAUCCGUUUAUAAAUGAUAUUACUUUAUCAGUUGGCGGCAAAAUAUUCGCUAUAUGGACUGAUAGAUUAUUAGAUAGACCGCUCAUUUGGAAAAAACGACCUUACCGUUUGACAGAUGCUGCUUGGUCAUUGUACAAGCCUAGUGUAAUUUUUAUUUCAACCUCUGAAGGAGAUCUUGAGACUUGGGAUUUGCUUAUUAAAAGUGAUAAACCAAUUUCAGUCCAAACACUAUCUGGUACCAUGCUUACAGGUGUCAGUCUACAUACUUUACCUCUGUCCAAGAACAUAAUCGGCGUAAGCGAUAUAAACGGCUCUUUUCGCAUGUUUUUAGAUCCACCAAUAUAUAUGAUUCAUAAUCCAGAUUAUCAAGGUCGCUUAGAGUCAAUGUUUUCAAGAGAUUUAAAAGUCAUGCAGUCAUUUAUAAAAUGGCAAGAGGAUUGGAUGAAUAAUAACCCACAAAUUUUACUUGAAAUAAGACGAAAAGAAGGUGCUUUGCUAGCAGAAAAGGAAGAAGAGAAGCGUAGGUUACGAGAAGAAGAAGAAAAAAAACAAGAAGAGGAAGCUGAAGCAAGACGAUUAGAAAAGUUGAAAGUGGUUGGUCCCGAGGAAAGAUGGCAAAAGAUUAUACAAAAACUUAUAGAAAGAACUAUAGCCGUGAAGAAAAGGAUAAAUAGAGCUGAGUUGAUUGAGCAAGAGAAACCCUUACGUGAACUAGAAGCUCAGCGACUAGAGAAAGAAAGGAGAAUGCUAGAUAUAAUGAAAAAUCAGAAAAACAUUUUUAACGAUACAGUCGCCAUAUUAUUCCCGGAGGCAAUAAAAAAGAAAGUUAUAGAGAAAAAGAGCCUAUUGUCGGAUAACAAAGAAGCACUGAAGAAAGAAUAUUUAGAAGAUUAUGCAUAUAUAAAAAGUACAGCACAAAAGACGGUGCAAGAUAAUCCAUACAAAAUAACAUUUUCUUGGGACGCUACAUUGGCAGAAGGUAAAGAAAGAAGGCAGGCGCUGAAUCCAUUUGAAUUUUAUAUAAAUAUUCACAGAGAUAGAAUCGAAAAUGAAUCUCUUAGUCCUCAGAAACAGAAACUCCGAUCGCCACAGAUUGUUUCUGAACACGAUGUUGAGGAAGAAGAUACAGAAGAGCCAGAAAAUGAAUCAUGAUAAUGUUACAUUAAUCAAUAAAUUUACGAGAUGUUUGCCUCAUAUUCAUCACCAGGAUGUUAGUAAUUCAUGAUCACAAUAAUUUUCAAUUGAGUUACGAAGGAUUAGCUGCAACCUUCUCAAUUUCUUGAAUACUAGUACCAUGUUGAUAUAAUAUAUUGCUUUACAUCUUAUAUUUUUAUUAAUUCAAGCUUGUAUGUUCCGUUUUCAACAAUCUCGCUUAAGACCCUUAUUGAUGCUCCGGUGAGUUGGAAUCAUAUUAGAGCCAAAGGGCAUUUUAUUGAUUUCUUAUUAAAUAAUGAAUUUAUUAUAAAAUGUUUUUAUGUUGUACAAACAUUUUUGAUACUAAUGAAUUUUCUUAUCUAUUGACUUGUAAUAUUACUCAUUUCAUUUAUUCUGUGAUAUAAUGGUUAUACAUAUUUAAUGAAACGUAAAAUAAUUUUGUCCAUACACAGUAAUAAUAGCAAUGUAAAGUCCAUGCAUAGCAGCUAAUCCAUUAGAGCUCUAUAACUUUACUUACUAAAGUAACCACAUUAAAGCUUAAUGGUAAUUUUAUUUCUAUGUGGUUUUUUGUAAGGUUUAUGUUGCUUCCCCAGAUAAGCGUUCCUAUUCAAGAAAAAAAUCCGUUACGCACUACCCCUCCUAGAGUUCUACUUAAAUUGGAAAUAAAGCUUAUCAAACGCGUCAGUUUUAUAUUAUGUUCAUAUCCUGGCGUCCUGAAAGAGCUUUGAUGAAUCAAGUAUAUGGGUAUAAAGGUAUGACAAGGGACAAUCAUUGUCACAUAUUGACCCAACAUGGACCCAACUCCAUGCAUUCCCGGUUGAUUAGCCUGAUUUUGACAAGUAUAUGGGUGGGUGAAUUUUAGAAUAUUUCUUUUGAUGUAUCGCGAGAAAUACGAAUGUGUAAUGAAUAUUUAAGGCUAUUUUCAUGUAUUUUAGUGAAGAAUACCGGAAUAUGUAUCAACUAAUGGCCCGCCCUCGCCUCACUUUGGGGUAGAAUUAAUCAAAACCUUUCUUAACGGAUGCCUACGUCAAAACAUCUACCUGCAUGCAAUUUCAGCCCGAUCCGUCCAGUGGUUUGGGCUGUGCGUUGAUAGACCUCUAUGUCAGUCAGUCACUUAGUUUUAUAUAUAUAUAGAUACUUAAUAUUAUAUGUAAAUGCGGGAGUUAUUUCAUUUAUCUGUUACAGUUGCAUUGCUUAGCCGCUAAUUAGAACAAGGAAGUAUGAAGUACUGUCUAUCACGAAAAUAAACGUUUACAUUAAGGAG